CUGCAGACUUGAAAGCUAAUUUAGUACUGUAGUAACGAUGGCGGCGUCAUCUCGGGCAUCGAACGCUAGCUGGGACCCAAUCCUCCUUAUAUCUCAGAUUAUUUCAAUGCAAACUCUCCAUUAUCUAACCCUCUCCGUCCUCAUCCCCCCAUUAUUGUCCAUCUUUGCGGAGGCCGGCGCACUCAUCUUCGAAGGAGGGGCAACAAAUGUCGGGAUGAUCAUGGAUUGGCGAGAAAUGGCUGGCCGUCCAACAGUCCGUGGAAUGCAGGGCGAAGAUAGGUGGGACGCUUACUAUGGCGCCUGGAGCGGCGGUAAACAGCUCGGUUCCGGGUGGGAGGAAGGCAGGUGGGACGGAUGGACCGACCCUAUGCGAGGUUGGGUAAUAGCAUUCUCAUGGAUUAUCGCUUCCUUUGCAGACAUAUACUAUUUAUGUAUUCUCAUUCGACGACCGCGUUUCAUCUUGGAUUUCGCGCUAACACUCGCCUUCAGUCACCUCGUACUCACAACUUAUUACUCGGCUUCAAUACCCACCUCUUUGUUCUUCUGGCUCGUCAUUUUCGCAUGGUCAGCAAUAACAGUAAUAAUUGCGGAGCAACUCUGUGUGAAGAGAGAGAUGGCCGAAGGAUUGGUUAUUUCUCCUCCAAGGGACGAAGCCGAUGAAUUGGAGAUGGGAGAAUUGCUUCGCAGAGAUUAAGUGAGUCACCGUGUAUCUUGUGGCCCAGCUGCUUGUAGUACUGGUCUUAAUUUAACUGAAGCCCCUUUGCAUAUGCAAUACCUGGUGGUGUCCAGUACCGUCUAGAUCUUGCCAAGGUUUGAGUGGCGUAGAAGAUAUCACCAAUUUGUUUAAUGCUUAGCCAUCUGCAGAACUCAUUACCGCUUAGGUGA